AUGAGCUUCCAUUAUAAAGUAACAAUCCCUCAUUCUCCGAUUUUUACUUUAUUUUUCUUAAUUAUUAUCUCACUUGCUCCAAAUGCUGCCAAUAUUGUAAAAAUUGCCCAUUUACAGCCAAAUAAUCCAGCAAUUGUACACGAACCUCAGGUUUUGAAAAUGUGUUCAAACAACUUGAAGGAACGAAAAAUUCUCCCGGAUGUUAUUAGUUUUGAUGUUUUUACAAUGGAAUCAUGUAACCGCUACAGUGGUGUUGAACACGCCGCCUACCUUCACUAUGUCCGAAAUGCUAGUGUUUAUUUUGGUCCGGGAUGCAAUAAUGGUGUGUUUUUUUUGGUUUUGUUAGUGUGGUUUUUUGAUUAUGAACUGGGUUCUCAAAAUUAUUUUCUAAACUCAAAAAAUCAGCGGUUGGCUUUUAAGAAUAGAAUCUCAGAUAAACAUAAAACAGCCUUAUUGAAAGUCUGCGACUAUCUCAAAAUCUGA